AUGGAAGCUAGACUACUGGCAUUAUUUUUCUCGCUCCUCUGCUGUUCUGGGGCCGUCCUCUCAACACUGGAGCACAGACAACCUGCAGGCCUUGAAAGCAGUUUAGCAUUUGGGAAUACAUCAUCUCGCCGUCAUAGCCAAUACCCUCUGUACAUGAUGCAGCUGUACCGCUCCUUCAGGACUGCAGAUUCCCCAUCACCCAUAGCUCUUAACACCGUGAUUGCACACAGAGACAAACCCUCACUGCCUAGUUCUGACUCUGUCUUAAGUCUGAUGGCAAAAGGGUGCCAUCAAGUAGGUGAAAGAUGGACAGUUACUUUGGACAUGUCCUCCAUCUCUACAAGUGAGCUUGUCCAGCUGGCAGAACUAAGGAUCAGACUUCCAGCAUUCUCCGCCUCUAAGCGUGCCGUCGUGGAUUUAUAUCACUCCCGAAAACAGAACUGUGAGCUGGACAGCAUCUCGUGCCAGGAGGAGCACCUCUUCCUGGGCAGGUUUGCCACAUCCCCAAGGAGUACAAGGUCUGCUUGGAAGGUUUUUAAUGUGACUGCUCUUUUAAAAUACUGGCUCUAUCAGGGAGACAGAGUGACUAGCCAAGAGGCCUCAGCAGAUCAUGGACUGGAUACAGAGCAGGGGAGCGGUGCUGGUGAUGAUGGAGAGGCAGCUGACAGGUCCCAUUUCCAGCAUCUGGUGGGGAGGCAAAAAAAGGUGCACUAUCCGACCAUAAACCGAGUUAUGAUGGUCAUCUUCUCCAAACAUAACCUCCCUCAGGAAGGCCACAGAGCAUACAGCCUCAUUCACACUGUGGAGCACUCCAAAUAUGUCACUAUGGACAGAGGCAGCAGAGACGGCCAGAGUCGGCGCCACAAAAGGAUGGAGAGGAUGCCGGUGACUGGUGGAACUGCAGCUACUGGGGCCCCAGCCGAGGCCACGCAGCGGCCACUUUGUCGCAGGGUGGACAUGUGGGUGGACUUUGACCAGAUCGGCUGGGAUGAGUGGAUUGUGCACCCUAAGCGUUUCAAUGCAUAUCGCUGUGAGGGAGAGUGUCCUGUGCCGCUGGACGAGUCCUUACAUCCUACCAACCAUGCCUACAUGCAGAGCCUCUUGCGACUUAACCAUCCAGAGAGGGUGUCUUGUCCAUCUUGCGUGCCCACGCGCCUCAGCCCACUCUCCAUGCUGUACUACGAGAACGACGACUUAGUGCUACGACAUCACGAGGACAUGAUUGUUGAAGAGUGCGGCUGUCACUGAUAUCCUAGCACUGGUCCAGCCCCAACCACAAGAACUGUUAUCAAGGGACUGUGAACUGAAGCUGACCAUGGGGCCCAAUUCAGUAUCUUUACUGUCUUCAUGUAAACAUGCAGGCUCAAAGGUCCUAGUUAUGACUUUGACAAGACAGAAUAACAGGAUAUGACUGUGAAGACUGAUGGAAUCAAGAAAACAUGUUUUACUAUCUUCAGUGAAAAGUAUGGAGAUGAUUUAUCUAUUUAUGCU